GUCUCCAUGGCAACGACCGGAAGCGGCUGUGCGCGGCGGGCGCUGGACCGGAAGUGACGCCCGGCAGCGGUGGCGGCCAUGUCGGCGGGCGGCGGAGCGCAGCGGGACGCGGGGGCCGCGGGCGGGCGCCGCAGCAAGUGGGAUCAGCCCGGCCCGGCGCCUAAUUUCCUCCUCCCCGGCACGGCGCCGUUGCCCGGGCGGCCGUUCCCCGGUGGGGGCGGCGAUGGCGGCGCCGCCGUGGCCGGGUCCGAGAGCUCCGCGGCGCCCUCGGGAGCGCUGGAUGCGGCCGCGGCCGUGGCGGCGAAGAUCAACGCGAUGCUGAUGGCCAAAGGGAAGCUGAAGCCGGCGCCCAGCACGGCGGACAAGCUGCAGGCUCUGGGGAAAGGCCCAGCCAGCAGUAAAAGCAAGGAUGACCUGGUGGUGGCAGAGGUGGAGAUCAACGACGUGCCCCUGACCUGCAGGAACCUGCUGACCAGGGGCCAGACCCAGGAUGAGAUCAGCCGUCUGAGUGGAGCAGCUGUGUCCACUCGAGGGAGGUUCAUGACUGCAGAAGAGAAAGCCAAAGUGGGACCUGGAGAUCGUCCUUUGUACCUUCAUGUUCAGGGUCAGACAAGGGAGUUGGUUGACAGAGCUGUGAACAGGAUCAAAGAGAUCAUCACCAACGGGGUGGUGAAGGCAGCCACGGGCUCCAGCCCCACCUUCAACGGGGCCACAGUCACUGUCUAUCACCAGCCAGCCCCCAUCACUCAGAUCACUCCAGCUGUGGGCCAGAAACCUCCCUUCCAGUCUGGGCUGCAUUACGUGCAGGACAAGCUGUUUGUUGGGCUGGAGCACGCGGUUCCCACCUUCAAUGUCAAGGAGAAGGUGGAAGGGCCUGGCUGCUCCUUCCUGCAGCACAUCCAGCUUGAGACUGGGGCCAAAGUGUUCCUGAGAGGGAAAGGCUCAGGCUGCAUCGAGCCAGCCUCGGGCAGAGAGGCCUUCGAGCCCAUGUACAUCUACAUCAGCCACCCCAAGGGCGAGGGUUUGGCGGCUGCCAAGAAGCUCUGUGAGAACCUCCUGCAGACUGUCCACGCCGAGUACUCCCGAUUUGUCAACCAGAUCAGCAGUGCAGUUCCCUUGGCAGGUUUCACCCAGCCAGCCUCCAUCAGCAGCGUGCCCUCCCAGCCCUCCUAUUACCCCUCCAACGGGUUCCAGGCUGGCUACCCCGUGCUGGCCCCUCCUCAGCAGCCUGUCCAGCCUCCCUACGGGGUGCCAGGCCUGGUGCCCCCUGCCGUGCCCCUGGCUCCUGGAGUGCUGCCAGCUCUGCCCACGGCCGUGCCCCCCGUGCCCACCCAGUACCCGAUCCCCCAGGUGCAGCCUCCAGCCAGCACUGCCCAGGUACUGCCCUGCACCUUCCUUCAGCAAGGGGAAAAGGUUUUUGUGGUUCUUCUUCAGGGCUUUGGGUUUGCUGCUUUUGGUGGGUUUGGUUGUGUUGGGGUUUUGUUGGGGAGGGUGGUUGGGGUUUGUUAUUGUUUAGCUGAUCUGUGCUUCGAAGCAGCUCAAUUGUCAUGUUGGCAGCUUCCUGCUGCAUUCUUCAGCUUCUGGUUUUCCCAUUCUAUUUUUCCCACUCUAUUUUUCCCAUUCUAUUUUUCCCAUUCUGUUUUCCCCCACUCAGUUUUUCCCCCUUCUGUUUUCCCCCCUUUUAUUUUCCCCCAUUCUGUUUUUCCCAUUCUGUUUUUCCCAUUUUAUUUUUCCCCCCUCUGUUUUUCCCCCAUUCUAUUUUUCCCCACUCUGGUUUUUCCUAUUCUGGUUUUCCCCCUUUCUGGUUUUUUCCCCCCUUCCCUUUUUUCCCCCCCAUUCCCUUUUCCCUCAUUCCCUUUAUUUCCCAUCCCCCUUUUCCCCCAUCCCCUGGUUUUAUUUUUAUUUUUUUUCCUUCUUUGGCGGGGGGGUGCUGGUGGGGGCUUGUUUUGUUUUCCCCUCCUAGAUCAUCAAGCCAAGAAGAUGAAAACUGCAGAGAAGGGCUUUGGAUUAGUGGCCUAUGCUGGAGAUUCUUCAGAUGAAGAGGAGGAACACGGUGGCCAUAAAAACGCAAGUACUUUUUCACAGGGCUGGAGUUUGGGGUACCAGUACCCCUCCUCACAACAACGAGCUAAACAACAGAUGCCUUUCUGGAUGGCACCAUAAAAAAAAACUAAAACUGCACAAAGAGUUUUCAUUCAUCUGGUUUUUCCCCCUCUAGCAAUAAUGCAUGUGUAUUUCAGAAUGAACUGGGCAGAGAGGAGUUGUUUUUACAUUUGCAGAAGCCAAUUUCCCCUCGGAAGGGCUCCGUUGUUUUUUAAAAUGCUCAUUUUUGGCAGUGUAUUUGUCAGUUUUCAAAAGGAGUGUUUGGAGUAGCAUCCUGACUGCAAGGGAGUGCUGUCAAGAGGAACCAGGGAAGCCUCUUGGGCCUUUUUUUCAGUUUCUGCCAGAUGAUUUAAAGGGAAGAGUCAGUGACACUGACUUCACUCUGCAUUUUUGGAGUGCUCCUGCUUUGAUCUGCUGGUGACUCAGCCUCAGGUUUGGACUUUCACCAGAGGGAAGGAACAACAUCCAGCAGUCAGGAAAAACUUGAGCAUCACAUUUGGAAAACUCUUGGUUUUAUUUCAGACAGACAUCUCCUGGAACUCAGCUGGGUUUGAUUUUUGAAAUGUGAUUUUACCAAUCCCACAAGUUCUCGUUCUGGCCAGAUGUUGGCCUGGGGGAUGCUCAGGUUUUUGGAUAGCUCCAGGUGGACUUGGCACUGUAGGCCAAGUGCUGAACUGUUUCCAGUCACCCCAGGACUCCAACUCAGCAGGAAUUCCUUUUGCAGAGGCUCAGCCCCAUCUCCUCCCUCCCUCACUGGAUUCCACCCGAGCCAGAAGGUUCCACGGUGGUUUCCCAAAGGGCAGCAGCUCCUGCCUGGCGUGCAGAACCUGGGAAUGAGGUUUUGGACUGUUGUUUUUGGACACAAACUGCACUGGGGGGCUGAGUGGGGUGGGCUGGUGCAGACAGAACUCUUGCACAGAGCAGUGACAGGAGGACUGGGCAGCUUUUGGGGCAGGAACUGUGGUUUUGAGAAGCUGGGUCACUGCUGCAGCCAGGGCUGCCUCACCUGUACAAACCUCAGCUUUCCCACGUGGUGUAAAUAAUUGGAAGUGUACUUUCAUUAUAAAUAAAUGUAUAAAUAUUC